AUGGGGGAGACAGAGGAUGCCAGCCAUCCUUCAAAGAAGAGAUUCGCUGCUGGGCAGCUCUCUCGGGACAAUCCUGGCCUUGAGGAUGAUGGCCCUGAACCUGAGAUGGGGACUUUCCAACGUGCCAGUGAGGAGGUCUUAGCAACCAGGAGGAUUGUCAAGGUCCGCCGCCAUCAGCCUCCAUCUGCUUCCACCACUUCUUCCAACCCUUUUGCUCAACUUUCCUUUCCCACCCCGGCUAGUUCAGAUGUGAAACCAGCUGAUGCUGACAAGCAACCUCCACCUGCUUCUGAAACUCGGGCUCAACCAACCUCUGAGCCCCAGCACCAGCCUUCCACUGGCAAAGAAGCACCGGAGGCAGAUAAUGGCAGUAAGCCUGAGGAUGAGAAGACAGACGAAGAUGAAGGGAUCAAAAGUGCAACAGGAGGGAGUGAGAAAGCCGGUGUUGAGCAAAAUGGCCAACCAGAUGAGGAAGACAACACUCAAUCGGAAGACAAGGCCAGUUUACCCGCAGAGGAGAGCAGUGAGAAGGACAAAGUCGUCUCGCCCAAGGAGACCAGCUGCUCUGGUGAAGCCAACGACAAGGAAGCAGAGAAUGGGCAGCAUGAAGGUGAGCCAGAAGCUAAAACGUCCUCCGAAGAGGCUCCGGUGGUUGAAAGAGAGAACAAAGAUGCCAAAGAAACUCCUCAGGGAGUCGGAGAUGAUGAGGAGAAAAAAGACUUGGGGGUCAACGAGGAUAAAACUGAGUCACAGCCCCCUCUGAGUUCUUUCCAACAGCUCUCCAGCAGUCAGAAUGCCUUCUCUGGGCUUGCCGGCACUGGCUUCUCAGCUAGCUCCUUCUCCUUCGGGACAGCCCCAAAGGAGGGGUUGGGGUCUCUGUUCGGCAAAAGCUAUGGGCCGCGCUUCGAGCUGACUGGCGACAAACCAGCCUGCGUUUCGUUCGGGCCCCCGCUCAACCUGUUCAUCGCCGCCCCAUCAGAUGCCUCCAAGGCCGGAGCCGGCGCGACGGCGACACUGCAAGAGGUGCCCAUUGAGACUGGCGAAGAGAACGAGCGGCCCGUCUUCAGUGCCGACGCCGUGCUGUUCGAGUAUCUUGACCGUGGCUGGAAAGAAAGAGGGAAGGGAGAGCUGAAGGUGAACAUCUCCACUGCGGGUGCCGAGAAGGCGAGGCUCGUCAUGCGGGCGAGGGGGAAUUUCAGACUGAUCCUGAAUGCUAGCCUGUACCCGGACAUGUCGCUCACCGCCAUGGAGAAGAGGGGCAUCACCUUUGCCUGCGUCAACAGCGCCGCCGAAGGGAAAGGCGCCGGGCUCUCCACAUUUGCCCUCAAGUUUAAGGACGCCGCCAUCGUCGACGAGUUCCGCGCAGCUGUGGAGGCACACAAGGGGCAGAGGCUGGCAGUGCCGCCGCCGCUGAGGACCCCAGAGAAUUCUCCAAAAGCUUCUGAUGAGUAG